CUAUGCUAUAAAAGCACUAGAGCUGCUUGAGUCAUAAGUCAUUUGAUUAUGACAGUGUUUUACUUUAAACUCUGUAGACAUUAGAGAUAUGCUGUGUUUAUGAACCUGACGGAGUUUAACCAGUCUGAUCUCUGUGAGCAUUUCUCCUGUCCAGAGAGAUCUGGAUCUCCUGCAGUUUAUAUCUUACAGUAUGUGUGUUCAGCUGCUGUGGUUCUUCUAACAGUGUGUGGAAAUAUGCUCAUCAUCAUCUCUGUUCUUCACUUCAAGCAGCUUCACACAGCAACAAACAUGCUCGUGCUCUCUCUGGCUGUGUCGGAUUUCCUCGUUGGUGCUUUAGUAAUGCCGCCGAUGUUAAUCUGGACGAUUGAGUCAUGCUGGAUUUUUGGGAAAGUUUUCUGCACCAUCUUUGGGUUGAUUUGUGGUUUCCUCACAAACGUGUCAAUCUAUAAUAUCGCUCUGAUCGCUGUGGAUCGGUAUUUGGCUCUCUCAAACCCCUUUCUCUACAUGAACAGAGUGUCUGUGAGGAUCACUGGUAUAGUAAUUGUAUGUGUCUGGUGUGUGGUGCUGGCCUAUAGCUCAGCACUCUUAUAUUUCAAUGGAAACUUUACAGUAUUUGUAAUGUGUCCCGGGGAGUGUUAUCUCUAUCUGACUGAUGUUUGGACUGUAAUCGACCUUGUAAUAACAUUUAUAUUUCCACUUUCUAUCAUAAUCAUAUUGUAUACUCGAGUGUUUGUGAUUGCUAAGAAACAUGCCACUGCUAUCAGAGAGCUUAAUAAUCACACACGGCCUAAAACACAGAAAAUCACCUCACACUCGAUGAAAUCUGAGAGAAAAGCAGCUAAAGUCCUGGGCAUUUUAGUGUCUGUGUUUCUGAUGUGUUUACUUCCAUAUUUCAUUUACAAUUUAUUAAGUAACGUCAUUGAACUACAGACAGAAACAUUUCAAGAAGUCUCAGUCUUGUUUUGUCUUAACUCCAACAUUAAUCCUGUUAUUUAUGCUCUGUUUUACCCGUGGUUUAGGAGGUGCGUUAAAUUAAUUAUAACUCUGCGAAUAUUUCAAACAGACUCUGCAUUAAUCAAUAUUCUUUCAUAA